AUGAAGGAAGCCCCGACACAACCAUCUUACAACGUCGCAGAUGGUAAACGAACAGCUCUGUCAGUCGAUGACAUCGAUCGACUUGCCGCACUAUACGCAAAACAACGCACCACCGUCUGUUCCCUGAAGGCCGACGGCCACGAAAUAGUCAAGUUACCCGAAGGUAACUAUGGUCAUGCGGUCCUGGCCCACGACACGGCUCAAGUAGUUGUCACAAUGCUUGGGAAGAUCGUGUCGAUUGAUCGAUCCCCCAACAGGGAUGCCUCCCGUGUAGUAAGUGACGCGAACAGCAAAACGUUUAGGGGAGCAACCUAUUGAUAUACCUCCAUGAUGCCAACCAACAGCCCAUUCAGCCUCAGAGAUGCGCACAUCGAACGGGUGGGCCGACCCGAACUGUGCUCGAGACAAAUCGGCUUCGAGCUUGCGACACCCGAAGGGGUCGUCGUGGAAGCUCUGCAACGAAUACGGGACAAAUUCUCUCAAGAAAUGGCUGCAGCGUGCAGCAUAGCUACGGAUUCGAGUAAGUAACUUCAUGAACUGUGCUCUUGGUGUGGGAUUGUUGAGGAGCUAAUGGAACACUACCAAGCAGCAAUUCCCUUCAACACGUCCUCUUUGAAUGACAACCCUCGAGUUGUUUUUCUCCACCUUUGCUUGAGUUUCUCACUGGCCAUGGGCAAGGUAUGUUAGACAUCAUACCCUUAUUUUUUGGUGCAGUGCAUCUGACGAAAACGCGUUGCAUCGUGUGUACAGUGGAGAAGCUAUUCCGUGAGCGAAUCCUGGCCUUUAACGAGAACCUUGCAAUGGCGUCAUUUGGAACAAGCCAAGAUUACGGAAUCAUCGGCGCUGAUGGACGGCCUUCUUUCUACCUCAGCGGGAAUGUCUAUCAUAGAAUGGGUACGCUAGCUCCAGCACGGGGUAGCAACCCUGUAUUCGCGCAAAUUCUCUUCGGUGCUCCUUCCGAACGAAUCGACGCUCGAAUUAGGUUCAACGGACCCUUAUCGGACGACGAACAGCAAUUGGCCAUCGCAUACCGCCAGAUUCUUCCCCGGUUGGACGAGAUGA